ACUAAAACUAAAACCAUUGCAAUUGUAUCUUUCCUACCGAUUUGGUAAAAGAAUUUACGUUUGAAAUAUCAAAUAUUAAUUCAAUAGGAAGACGAUGAACCUAACAGUAUCGUGUUCUUAGUCUUAUUGUGCCUCCCCUUAGAUCAUAGUUUCCUGUAAGAUUUGGCAACUGGUUUGAAAGUUUUGAUCUUUGUUUAAUUCGGUGUCCCUUUUGAUCUUUGAUGAAUUUUCUUAUUGAUUAACAAUUCAUAUUUUAUUUUUUUCAGGAUUUCUUGAUUGCUAGUUUGAGGGUCCAAAUUCUAAGAUAAAUGGAAGCAGAUAAUUGCAAAAUAUUUAUUGGUGGAAUAUCAUGGGAUACAAAUCAAAGGCGACUCAGGCAAUAUUUUAGUGCUUAUGGGAAAGUCAUGGAAUCAGUGAUCAUAAAGGAUCGGACAACACGUAGAGCCCGUGGAUUUGGCUUUGUUGCCUUUUCAGACCCAGCUGUUGCUGAAGAAGUGUUGAAAAAGAAGCACAAGAUUGAUGGAAAGAUGGUCGAUGUUAAGAAAGCUGCACCUAAGAAUGGUUCUCCAGGUCCAUACCGCUCGACAAAGAUAUUUGUUGGAGGUUUAGCAUCAACAGUUACAGAGAGUGAUUUCAAAAAGUACUUUGAUCAAUUUGGGACGAUAAAAGAUCUGGUUGUGAUGUGUGACCCCAACACUCAGAGGCCAAGAGGGUUUGGAUUUAUCACUUAUGAUUCUGAGGAAGCUGUUGACUCAGUCUUUCUCAGGAGUUUCCAUGAAUUGAAUGGAAAAAUGGUUGAGGUCAAGCGCGCAGUUCCUAAGGAGCUAUCACCAGGACCAAACCACAGCCCACUUAGUGUAUAUAACUAUGAUCUCAGCGGAGUCAAUAGCUUCAUAAAUGGCUUCACUCAAGGAUAUUGUCCUAGUAAUGUUGGAGGGUACGGACUUUGCGUUGAUGGUACAGUUAGUCCUAUUGCUAGAGGUCGAAUUGGAUUUCCUCUAUUCGGUUCUGGUUAUGGAAUGAGUCCAAAUUUUGAGCCUGUUUUGAACCAUGAAUUCCGGGGAAAUGAAAAUUUCUAUAGUGAUCUUAGCGUAAGCCGAGGAUUAAAUCCUGACUAUUUUGACAGUUCAAAGAGAUUUGCAAGUUCUAUUGGAUAUGAUGGUGGUAAUGGCAGAAGCAAUUCUUUCUUCAGCUCUGGGACUCAAAAUUUGUAUGGGAGUGGUGGCCUAAGUUAUGGAACAAGUUCUGCCAAUUCCACUGCAUACAUUGGAUUAGGGGGUGGGACAGUUAGAGGAAACACAAUUAGCAACACUGGAGUUGGUGUAUCACUAUCACUCAGUAAUGGCAACCUCGGCUUUAGAGGUGAAAACAACAAUAGUGGUUUGGGGAUUGGAGGGUAUCGAAGAAGCAGUGAUGCUGAUAUACCCCUAACAUCAUCUUACUCUGCGCCAAAUGGUGGUUUUGAUGGACCUUUUUCUGAAUUUUACAGUAGCAGUUCAGUUAAUGAUGACCCCAUUUAUCGGUCUUCGAAUUUUGAGCCAGAUGGAUUUGAUCCCUUUGGUUAUGGACUUGGCGUCGUAGCUUCAGAUGUUUCUGCCAAAUGUUCUCCAGGUUAUGUUGGAAGUUAUACAGUCAACAAGAGGCAGCCAAAUAAGGGAAUUGCUACAUAGGAUGAUCAAUUUGAAGACUGAAACUUACAGGUGAAGAUAAUCCAGUGACACAAGUGAAUUAUGAAAGUUGCACACCAUUGUUACCGAAUUUCUGUAAAGACAUUGAUAAGAAGUUUUGUUAUCUAAAGCUAACUAGACUUAUUGUUUUUGAGGAUUCAGAUAUAGAGAUUUAGAGGCUUCCAGGGAAGUUGAGAUUUGAGUUAGGUUUUGGUUUUUGAGAUUUUUGUGGGACGUAAAAUCUGAUAGAUUUAGGGUUUUUGGUUAGGUUCCUUUAAAUCUUAGAAUUAAAAUUGAGUCAAUUUAAAUUAUUAUUCUUGAACAAGGGAAACGAUGAAUUAUGAGUU